UAAAAUGUGAACAAUAUUUCACCAACAAUUUAUUGGUUUACACGAUACGCGAUAUUCAACUGUAGUGUACCACAAGAUCUUCAUUUUUUAUUUUGAAAUAUAAACCAAUAUAAACGCCAUUUGUUAAUCGUUUGCUGUAGUUAUCUAAUUUAGAUUACAAGUACUAUUUUGAGAAAAGUAGUAAUAUUAUUAUUCAUAAAAGCACACUUGACUUCGAGGAGUGAAAGAAUAAUUUUACGUGUUCUUCGAUAAUUACGCGCGUGAUUAAAUUAAUGAUAUACUUUAAAUGAAUACUAUAUUCCUUGAAAAAGUUAAAGCACGGUGAUGAUUAAUGAAUAGCCGUGUUUGGUCGUGUUUGAUGGACAAGUAUAAAGACGUAUUGAUAUGGACAUGUCGUUCGUACAGACAAUUAUUAUUAUUUUGUUAGCUUGAUUCAGUAAUAAAUAGAAAUAUCAACAGGCAUUAAUGUAAUAUAAUAUAAAAACAUAUAAUUAUUAGCGAUCGGUAGUAAUUCGAUAAGGCUAGUUACCGGUGUCGAUUCAAUCUUGUAUUGAUACCAUCGUACUUGGCAUCGCAUUGACAUCGUCAUAUAAAGUCAAUAGAAUUUAAAAGGGACCGUCCGCUUAGGCAGUUGUGCCUAAUAACAUUUUCAUUUUCACGUAAAUAUGGCACUAAAACACGUAGUUAUAGGUGGUGGUACAGGUUUUGUUGGAACACAAAUAAUAAAUUCAUUGUCACGUAAAGGUGUUUCCUUUACGUGUAUUUCUCGUAUGCCUGGGCCUGGACGAAUGUCAUGGCAUGAUUUGGAAUGUUAUGGUUUACCUGAUAAUACAACUGCUGUGAUUAAUGUUGCUGGACAAAAUAUACUUGAUCCGAAACAACGGUGGUCAGAGGGAUUUAAACAAAAUGUUAUAAAUAGUCGGGUGAAAACAACACAAUCCUUAGCCAAAGCAAUAAUAAAUACCAAAGCCAAGGCGUUUGUAACCAUUUCUGGAGUAGCUUAUUAUAAACCAAAUGAUACAGAAUACACUGAAGAAAGCAAAUGUGAGAAAUAUGAUUUCCUAUCCGAACUUUGUCAUAGAUGGGAAGCAGCUGCGCAACUCCCAAAAGAUAGCGAUAUCAGACAGACUACAAUUAGGUCAGGAGUUGUUUUAGGGAGAGACGGUGGUAUGAUUAAGCAAAUAUAUUUACCAUUCUUUUUUGGGUUGGGAGGUCCUAUCGGCAAUGGGAAGCAAUAUAUGCCAUGGAUUCAUGUAACAGAUUUAGUUAACAUGUUUAUUUUCUCAAUUAAAAAUGAGAAUGUGCAUGGUAUAUUAAAUGGUGUUGCUCCUCAGAUUGUGACAAACGGUGAAUUUACUAAGGCAUUUGCGUCUGUAAUGCAAAGACCUGCACUUAUUCCUGUACCACCGAUUAUUCUGAAUAGUCUUUUCAAUAAAGAACGUGCAAAAAUUAUGCUGGAAGGACAAAAAGUUAUACCCAAACGUGUCAAAGACUUGAGAUUUGAAUAUCAGUAUCCUGAUAUUAAUACUGCUUGUGCUGAACUUGUUAACAAAAACACCUAAUUCUGAAACAUAAUUAUAGUUAAUUAAUAUUAAUAUAGUAAUAUGUACAUAUGUACGAGAUUAAAACUGAUUAUCCAUGUA